AAAAUUCAUAAGAAGUAGAGACUCCAAUUAAAAAGAAAAUAGGCAUAGAAGAUUUUAUAAAAAUCUAAUCUAUGGGUGAUGGGGCUUAUAGUACUGUAUACAGUUGUCAAAAAAAAGAAGAUCUUUAAAAAGGUAAUAGUAAUUAAUGUCCAAUCUAUGCAAUAAAAAUAAUUGAUAAAAAUUUUAUGAAAUUGGUAUUAAAUAUAUUAAUAUGUAAGAAUAAAAAGUAACAUCAUGCAUACAUUGAGAAAGAAAUGCUUUAAUAUUUAAAAUAUGAAGGAAUAAUCAAAUUACAUUCAACAUUUCAAGACAAAAAUAAUUUGUAUUUUUUACUUGAAUUAGCAUAAGAUUGUUUUAGUGAAUUUUUAAAAUUAUAUGGCAGUAUUUAAUAUAUAAGAUAAUUUAGAUUAAAAGUUAACUCAUCAAAUUAUUUAAUUUUAUACAGCUGAAAUUUUAUCCAUUCUAGAAUAUAUCCAUUCAAAAGGAAUAGUACAUAGAGACAUAAAAGUAUAUUUAUAAUUUUAAUAUAAGCCUGAAAAUUUAUUAAUCACUGAAGAAAAGCAUUUAAAAUUAAUAGAUUUUGGAACUGCAGUCAUAUAUGAUUAAGAUAAAGUUCCACCAAAAAUAGUUUAAGCUAUAGACAAUUAUAGAAAAGACUUUGUAGAUACAGAAAGAAAAAGAAAAUAUAGCUUUGUAGGUACAAAUGCUUAUUUGACACCUGAAAUGAUUUCUGAUUAACCAGUAGGUCCAGGAACAGAUUUAUGGGCAUUAGCUAUUAUAAUGUUUAAAAUGUAUACUGGAACUAUACCAUUCAAAACAGAUAAUUAAGAAGAUUAAGAAGUUUUAUAUUAAAAAAUUGUUAAAGAUCAAAUUAUAUUUCCAAAAGUAUUUAAAUUAUUCAUUUAUUGUCAAGAGCAUUCCUUAAUAAGCUUAGGAUUUAAUGAAGUUAUUUUUAGAAAAAGAUCUAAAUAAUAGAUUAGUUGAUUAUUCUAAAAUUAAAAGUCAUCCUUAUUUUGCAGAUAUUGAUUUUAAUACUUUAUGGUAAAUGAAUCCACCUUAACCUCUACAAAUUCAUAGAGAUUAAAGAAAAUCAAAAACAUUUGUUUAAGAACCUAUAUCAAAGAUUAUCUUUUAAGAAAUGGUUGAAAAAGAUUCUGGAUGUAAAAUAAUAAUUAUUAUUAUAAUAUUAGUUCUUAUAUCAUACUUUACUCCAAGACUUCUAGUAUUAUAAAUUAUUAAUGAUAUUCCUUCAAUACAUUAUACAAAUCCAAAAUUGAAUGAUAAAAAGACAGUUAUUCAUGUUACUUAAUUUUUAAAAUACUAAUUGCUAAAAUAAGAUAAAUUUGUUAUAAUAGAUGAAAAAUAAAAAUAUAUUUUUAAAGUAAAAAUCCUUUAUUAUUCAAUUUAGUCAUAAAAUGCUAAGAAAUGGAUUGGUUUAAUUGGGGAAACUUUGAAUCAUGGUCUAAAAUGA